AUGGCAACGGCGUUCUUGAUGGGCGGGCACAACUUCAAGCCCGACUCUGAUAUCCCGGACUUAACAGGAAAGGUCAUUCUCGUCACCGGUGGUAAUGCCGGCCUCGGGCUGGAGACGAUCCGGCAGAUUGCAAAGCACAACCCCGCGCACAUCUACCUCGCAGGCCGCUCAAAGGAAAAAGGAGAGGCUGCAAUAGAAGCACUCAAGAAAGAAGGCUCCAGCGUCGCGCCGAUUUCUCAUCUGCCGCUUGAGUUGUCCUCCUUCGAGAGUAUCAAAGCCGCCGCGAAACAAUUCAACGAGUCUUCUUCUCGGCUGGACCUGCUCGUCAACAAUGCUGGAAUUAUGGCGACUCCAGAGGGGCUCACAAAGGAGGGUUACGAGAUCCAAUUUGGCACAAACCACAUGGGCCAUGCACUCUUCACUCAACUUCUGAUGCCCACCUUGAAGAAGACGGCGACCGAGAACCCAGACGUGCGGGUCGUAUUUCUCUCCUCGGGCGCGGAAGGCUGGGCGCCCAAAGACAGUUACCAAUUCGAUAAGCUCAAGACCAAGAUGCCCGAAACUCCCAGCCGUUAUCGCUACGGGAUCUCUAAGGUGGCCAACAUUCACUAUGCUGCCGCCCUCGCCGAGCGGCACACUGAGCUCAAAAUUGUCAGUGUGCACCCGGGUGUCGUCGACACAAAUCUGGCACAGUCCAUUAUCAACAACUCCAACUUCAUCUUGGGCACGAUUGUGUACCUCGGCACUAAAAUUGUAGCCGUCAGUCCUCAAAAAGGCGCGCUCAAUCAGCUCUGGGCGUCCUUCAACCCGGACGUCAAGAGCGGCACUUUCUACUUCCCAGUUGGCGUCACCGGUAAAGGUACGAGGCUGAGCAAUGACAAGGACAAGAGGGAGGAGUUGUGGAAAUGGACCGAAGACGAACUCCGGAGUCAUUUGUAG